UGAGCGUUGAAAUGCCCGCUCUUUAGUUUAACUGUGUCAACCGCAUCGUAUCGUUACUCUUGCUAACGUGAAAACUUGUAAUUCGUACCGUUGGCUUCAGUGCAAUAUAGACGAAGUCAAGCUAUUAAUAGUUAUAAUACGAACAUCGACACUUAUCCGUCCUUUGACGAAUUAUGUUUAUUUAAGAAGUCGGUAAAUUACUUCGACAUUGUUGAUUGAGUGAUAAUGAAAAUCGCGGUAAUUGGAGGUGGUAUCGUCGGUUUGACAACUUCCCUUGAACUGAGACAAUCAGAAUUUCGAAACUCCGACAUCACUAUCUUUGCUUCCAGUUUCAACGAUACUACAAGCCACGUAGCUGCCGGAUUAUUUCGCGUUGGUAACGCAUUUUCUGGACCCACCGAAAAUGUAACCAGAAAAUGGGUUAAGGAUGCGUACGAAUAUUACGAUAAUAUUCGUAAAAGCUCCGAAGCAGCUAUUGCCGGUGUUACCGAAGUUUCUGGGUACAUCUUUGCCAAAAGCAAUCCAAAUUUAGUCGAGAACCGUUGGUUACAUGGCUUGGUUCCUGUGUACCGAAAGGCAAAGCCAGAUGAAUUUGAAUUGGUUGGCGGUGAAUGGAAUUACGGAACAUUCUUUACUACAUUGCUUACCGAAUGUACGCUGCACCUACCGUGGACAACGUUGAAGCUACAAGAAACCGGUGUAAAGCUGAUCGAGAAAAAAAUUAAUAGCAUCAAAGAAUUAUCACCCAGCUUCGAUUUGGUAAUUAAUUGCACAGGUAUGGGUGCCCGGUAUUUGUGUAACGACCGACGUCUAGUCCCUAUCCGGGGACAGGUGGCAAAGGUAAGAGCGCCUUGGAUUAAAACAUCUUUCUACGGCGAAUUGGACACGUAUAUUAUUCCGGGAUUCAAUGGAAUUUGCACUCUUGGUGGUGUGCGAAGCUUUGAAUCCGAGAGCAGCGUCAUUUGUCCACAUGAAUAUGCAGCGAUUCGCGAAAGGUGCAACAAGUUGGUUCCCUCGCUUGCAAAAGGGGAAACCAUCAGACAUUUGACUGGAAUUAGACCGCACCGAGAAACCGUGCGCGUGGAACCAGAACAAAGUCCGAGUUACGGGAAAACCAAAGUGGUUCAUAACUAUGGUCAUGGCGGGUAUGGUGUGUGCACUGCACCGGGUACAGCUAAAUAUGCUGUUCAUUGGGCAAAGGAGCUUCAAAUAUCUACGUCGAAGCUCUAAAUUGUAUGCUUCAAUAAAUAACACUGAGCAUGAUUCGACGAAGUAAAAUUAGUAUCAGUUUAUUAUCAAU